GUAAUGAGCAUGGUAUCGGGAUUUGCACCACUGAUUUCUGCAGGUAUUUUUUCAGCCACCCUAUCUUCUGCAUUAGCAUCUCUUGUGAGUGCACCUAAGAUCUUCCAGGCUUUGUGUAAGGACAACAUUUAUCCAGGAUUUCAGAUGUUUGCAAAAGGCUAUGGGAAAAACAAUGAACCACUGAGAGGAUAUCUUCUAACAUUUUUAAUUGCUCUUGGUUUCAUACUAAUUGCUGAACUGAAUGUCAUCGCUCCAAUUAUAUCUAACUUCUUCUUGGCCUCAUAUGCCUUGAUUAACUUUUCUGUAUUCCAUGCUUCUCUUGCAAAAUCUCCAGGUUGGCGCCCUGCUUUCAAAUACUACAAUAUGUGGAUUUCUCUUGUUGGAGCUAUCCUGUGCUGUAUUGUGAUGUUUGUCAUCAAUUGGUGGGCAGCACUUCUAACAUAUGUCAUAGUUCUUGGACUGUACAUUUAUGUCACUUACAAGAAACCAGAUGUGAACUGGGGAUCUUCAACGCAAGCUUUGACUUACUUGAAUGCAUUACAGCAUUCUAUUCGUCUCUCAGGAGUGGAAGAUCAUGUGAAAAACUUUAGACCUCAGUGCUUAAUUAUGACAGGUGCUCCAAAUGCACGUCCAGCUUUGCUUCACCUUGUCCAUGCUUUCACCAAGAAUGUGGGCUUGAUGAUCUGUGGCCAUGUACACAUGGGUCCUCGGAGGCAGGCCAUGAAGGAACUGUCAACUGAUUUGGCUAAAUAUCAGCGAUGGUUAAUUAAAAACAAAAUGAAGGCUUUCUAUGCACCAGUGCAAGCAGAGGAUUUGAGGGAUGGAGGACAGUACUUAAUGCAGGCUGCUGGUCUGGGUAGAAUGAGACCUAACAUCCUUGUGGUUGGAUUUAAGAAAAACUGGAGACAAGGUGACAUGAGAGAUGUUGAAAACUAUAUCAAUUUAUUUCAUGAUGCCUUUGAUGUUCAGUAUGGUGUAGUUGUCAUUCGCCUAAAGGAAGGCCUUGACAUUUCUCACCUUCAGGGCCAAGAAGAGUUACUGUCAUCCCAAGAAAAAUCUCCAUGUACCAAGGAUGUCAUUGUAAAAGUGGAUUAUAGCAAGAAACCCGAAACAGACACUUCUAUAGCUUUUGCUCCAUCAGCUAGUGAAAGAACUCCCACUCUACAUAAAGAGGAGGACGAGGAUGGAAAGACUCCAACACAACCACUGUUGAAAAAAGAUUCAAAGAGCCUAUCUUCCCCUUUAAACUUGGCUGACCAAAGACUUCUUGAUGCUAGUACUCAGUUUCAGAAGAAACAAGGCAAAAGCAACAUUGAUGUCUGGUGGCUCUUUGAUGAUGGAGGUUUGACACUGUUGAUUCCAUAUCUUCUUACAACCAAGAAGAAGUGGAAAGACUGUAAGAUCAGAGUGUUUAUUGGUGGAAAAAUAAACAGGAUUGAUCAUGACAGAAGAGCGAUGGCUACUCUACUCAGCAAAUUUCGGAUAGACUUCUCGGAUAUUAUGGUUCUUGGGGAUAUUAAUACUAAGCCGAAGAAGGAAAAUAUUGCAGCUUUUGAAGAAAUGAUAGAACCCUUCCGACUUCAUGAAGAUGAUAAAGAACAGGAAGUUGCAGAGAAAAUGAAGGAGGAUGAACCAUGGAGGAUAACAGAUAAUGAACUUGAGCUUUAUAAAACAAAGACUUAUCGCCAGAUUAGGCUAAACGAGUUGCUGAAAGAACAUUCAAGUACAGCUAACGUCAUUGUCAUGAGUUUGCCAGUUGCACGAAAAGGCGCUGUUUCUAGUGCACUAUACAUGGCCUGGUUAGAAGCUCUUUCUAAAGAUCUGCCACCAAUUCUCCUUGUUCGUGGGAAUCAUCAGAGUGUUCUUACCUUCUAUUCCUAAGAGAACGGAACAUGGGACAGCUAUGAUGAAAUGGUACUCAGUGUCCAGGGGAGAGUGACUGACAUGUUCUAUAGUUUAUUAACAUCACAAAGGCAAAAAGUGACUCUUCUUUCACUAUUUCACUAACUUGAAAGCACAUAAGGAAAGUCACUGUAUUUCUGAAGUUGUGACAUCUUCAAUUUUAUUCUGUAUUUUCUGUAAUUUAAUCUUGAUUAAUGGGGAAGGAUUCCUUGUUAGAUUGAAGAACAAGACGAGCUUUUUGUUUGCUAUUUGAAUAGCAGCAAUAAAAUGUUUUAUUUUUGAUCAAUGAAAGGAUUAUAGAUUUAUAAAAGCCUUUUAGCCUUGAGGUGCCUUCUGAAAUUAACCAAAUCUCAUCCAUACAUUGUAUUUUGUAAAUUUAUAUAGAAUGUAAAAAUCUGCCUUCAACUAAGAGUUUAGAUCAGACUUCAUUUAGUUUCUAGUUUCUUCUGUAUUACAAUAAAAAUGAAUGCUGCUUUU